UCAUGUUUUUGAGAAUUGGAAAGCAAUACCAAUUUAGUCAAAUAGGAAGAAUUAAAUAAAGAAAAAGAAGCCAUAUUAAGUACUUUUCUAAACCUAUCAUUGAGGUAUGAAUUAUGAAUUUUUAUUUAGGGUCAAUAUGGUGUAGUUCCAGCUAGAGCAGUACCAUCACAUAUUCAAAGACCAAGUUAUAUAAGUAUGAGAAACAAUUAAGUAUAAUAGGUGAGACAAAGCCUAUCUAUGGGAUAUAUGAAGGAGCACCUGUAGUUCAUAAUUAAGAUAUGAUCCAAAGUAAAAAAGUAUGAUUUAAAAAUAGAAUUAAGAAAAGCAGCUUAAAUAGCAGCAUAAACUGCUUAUGUGGCUCAAAAAUCAGUCAAAUUAGGAAUGACAACAGAUGAUUUGGAUAAGAUAGUUCAUGAAUUCAUAAUUUCACAAAAUGCAUAUCCUUCUCCAAUAGGAUUUAUGGGAUUUCCUAAGAGUGUUUGUACAUCUGUGAAUGAAGUGUGUUGUCACGGAAUACCUAAUCUUAGACCUUUAAAUGGUGGAGAUUCCUUAAAUAUCGAUGUGACUAUAUUUUAUGAUGGAGUACAUGGAGAUACAAGUGUUAUGGCAUAGGUUCCUGAAAUGAAUCCAGAAAUUACUAAAUUAAUAGAUACAACUCAAAAAGUUAUAAAUUAUUUCCACAAAUAGAAUAGGCUCUUUAUGAAGCGAUUAAAAUAUGUAAGCCAGGAUAGAAAUUCAGUAAAAUUGGAGAUAUCAUUGAAGAAGUUGCUGGUGAUGAAGGAUUUACUGUUUGUGAAUUAUUUACAGGACAUGGGAUAGGUGAAUUGAUGCAUAUGCCUCCAACAAUAAUUCACAAUUGUAAUUAAUAUUUAAUAUAUAUAUAUAGUAAAUGAUUAUCCAGGUGUAAUGGUUCCAGGAAAUGUAUUUACAAUAGAACCUAUUCUUUUGAUGCGUCAUGAUUAAUAUUUAAUGUGGAAAGAUAAUUUUACUGUUGUUUCUCCAGAUAAUCCUAGUGGUAUUGUUAACUAUUUAUAAUGUUAGCUCAAUGGGAACAUAUGAUUUUAAUAACUGAAAAUGGAUAUGAAGUUUUGACAAAGAGAGAGGAUGAGACUGGUAUAUGACUU